ACCAAUUUACAUCUUAUUAUUUUGGCUCCUUUUCAUGCUCAUCGGAGACCAUGGUUUCUUGUCUUCAUCUCCAGCCAUUGUGUCAGCUGCUAUUGCUGAUCCUAUGGCCGCUGUUCAUCUCUGCUUCCAUUGUUACUCAUCUUCCUGGCUUUCAUGGUGGUCCGCUUCCCUUCCACAUGGAGACUGGAUAUGUUGGUGUGGAUGAAGUGCAGUUCUUUUAUUACUUCAUAGAGUCUGAGGGAAAUCCAGCCGAGGACCCUCUUUUUCUUUGGCUUACUGGUGGCCCUGGUUGCUCUUCUUUCUGUGGCCUCUUCCUUCAAAUUGGUCCGCUGAAGUUCAGGAGUGUGAAGUAUAAUGGUAGCUUGCCAACACUUGUGUAUAAUCCUUUUUCUUGGACUAAGGUCUCAAAUAUGAUCUUCUUAGACUCUCCUGUUGGUACUGGAUUCUCAUUCUCAAAUACUCCAGAGGCAUAUGUUGAUGGUGAUGUCACUUCAUCCUUGAGAGUUUCCAAGUUUCUCAGAAAGUGGUUAAUUGAUCACCCACAAUUCCUAUCCAAUCCUUUAUAUCUUGGUGGUGAUUCGUAUGCUGGCAAGGUUGUUCCAUUCAUCACUUACUUGAUAUCAGAAGGUAUUGAAUCUGGGGCUCAGCCUCUUCUGAAUCUAAAGGGAUAUGUAAUUGGCAACCCAUCAACUGGAGAAGUAAUAGAUUUCAACGCUCAGGUUCCACAUGCUCAUAAUAUGGGGAUCAUUUCUGAUGAGAUUUUACAAGUCCACAACUACUUCUGUGGGUGAAGGAGAGGAUUAUACAAAUCCUACCACCGUUCUGUGUGCCGAGAAGCUUCAAGUUGUGCAAAAGCAUGCAGUAUUUUGAUGAAAUUAAUAAGCAACAUAUUUUGGAGCCAAAGUGCCCGCGAGCAUCACCAAAACCAAAAAACUUAAGCGAAGGAAGGCGAUCUCUCGAGGAUGAGCACGGAAAGUUUAUCGUGCCACCAGAUGUUCCUCCUCUCGAAUGCAGAUCUUAUACUUAUUAUUUAGGCUACAUUUGGGCAAACAGUGAUGAUGUGAGAGAUGCUCUCCACAUCCUGAAGGGAACUGUCAAGGAAUGGAUCAGAUGUAAUCAUGAUUUGCAGUAUGCCUAUGAUACUCCAAGCAGUGUAAAAUUUCACUUAUAAAAUAAUUUAAAUAUCAUUAUUUUUGUAGUUAUUAUUUAUU